CGCGGAGAGGUGGACGGCUCGGCCCUCGCUGCAGCGCGGAGAUGGAAGGCAGGAGCUCGGGCGAAGCGGCCCCCGACGAAGCCGUCGGCGACGCGGAGGCUCGGCGGGUCGCGCAGGAGCAGGCGCGGGUGGCAAAGCUCACCGAGGUCCAGCAAGGCGACCGAGAGCUCCGUGAGGAACUGCAGAAAGCAAAGGAUGACUACAAGGUGGCCACAGGUGCCAUCUCUUCCUUGCAAAGACAACUGGAGAUCCAAGAAUCCCAGCUUCGGAGAACCAAAUCUGAAAAGGAAAUGCUCCAAAAGAAGCUCAGAGAGCGAGAAAAUCAGCUACGAGCCAUGUCUACCAAGUUUUGCAGUCUGAGAGAAGAACAGAAAGACGAAGACAUGAUGGUAACGAUGGAGAAGGAGAACUGCAGUCUUCGACAGGUUGUUACCGAACAAGAAUCCAAACUGGCCGAGCAGAACAAGCUGAUCAGUGAGUUACAGGGGACAGUCAGCCAGCUACAGGCAGAGGUUCUGACCAGCCGAUACCACAUCCACAAGCAGCAACGGGCCCAAGAGACGAUCCAGAGCCAAGCAGAGACGCUGCAGCACAGGGAGCUGCAAACUAGAGUGGCACUCGAAUGCAUCAGCAGCAGGUUUGAAAGAUAUCGAAGCAAAAUAAUUCAGGCUACGUUCAGUACGGCAGGCAGCAAGCCUCCCCAGGCAGAGGUCACGGAUGAGGAGGUGCUGGAGGCAAUGCAGAAAAUAAUUAACGAACGGAUGGAGUUCCACCAGAUGCUGAAACAGAAAGGCGUCAAGGUCCCAUCGCUCUACAGCAUCGACACGUCUGCUUCAUCGCCUACCAGUGCCAAGGGAAGGAGAAAGAGCCCUGCAAGGUAGCAUCUUUUAACGCCUGAAAAGCAGUCCUAACGGCCGAGUCGGAAUACGUCACCAACUUCAGGCUCCGGUUCGGUGGUUCUGGGAUGGUGACUUACUAACACAUUAAACUCAUUUUACUGAAAUCAGGUUC